AUGCCAGCAAUAACCGCGCGAUGCUGGGAGUGGGCCAUGAUGCUGGCGACCAUCAUGCUGGCGACCAUCGUGCUGGCGACCAUCAUGCUGGCGACCAUCGUGCUGGCGACCAUCAUGCUGGCGACCAUCGUGCUGGCGACCAUCAUGCUGGCGACCAUCAUGCUGGCGACCAUCAUGCUGGCGACCAUCGUGCUGGCGACCAUCAUGCUGGCGACCAACUGCAAAUACCGAGUAAGGGUACGAGUGCAUCCGCUGCGCCUCAAAAUCAACCCUCGGUUUGACCCAGUGCGUAGCGAGGUGUUACAGCUCGAAAGCGACGUCGCUGCUGGGGGAAGCGCGGGCGAGGACGCGGCGAGUUGGGGGCGCAAGCUGCUGGAAGCGAGCGGCGGUGACCUGGACGUGGGUGGCGAGGAGGAGGAGGUGGGGGAGGCGACGGACGGGCUGGACGAGGCGGUGCGGGUGCUGCUGAGCUGGAAGAAGAUCAAGAAUGCGGCGAAUCAGGCGGCGAAGAGCGAGGCGGGGCAGAAGGCGGGAGGGUUGGUGAAGAAUGUGGUGAAGAAGGGCGGCAAGGAGGCGCUCACGGCUGCAGUCAACGCGUUCCGCAGCGGCAAGGGCGCCAAGGGUGCCCUGCAGGCGGGCGCUGGCUCGUUCGUCAAGACCGCGAAAACGAUGAUCUAA